GCCAAAGUUUAUUUGGAGAGACACAUGGCCGUUUCAGAGAAGGAUUUGUCCCUUCUAGAUUUUGGUUCCACUUCGAGUUACUGCAUACAAUUCCCUGCACAUAUUUCCACAGAUUCUCGAGUCACAUUUACUGAUGUUGAGUGGAGUGAUUAUUGCCCUGAAGUUUUCAGGGACCUUCGGGAACUUCAAGAGAUAAAUGAAGAUGAUUACGUGGUUUCAAUUCGUAGUCAUGAAACCUUAAGACAACUUAUUGCAUCUAAAAAGAACGGCACUCAUCUUCAGUUGUCCCAUGAUAAGAAGUUCGUCGUAAAGAUCAUUGCCAAGAAUGAUAUGAAGGUACUAUUGCAUAUUCUACCGAAGUACUAUCGUCAUUUGCAGACAUACAGGAAUACUUUACUUCCUAACUUUUUGGGACUUCAUAUGGUGAAGCCACUAGGUGGCCAAAAGAUUCGAUUUGUUAUCAUGGAACACAAACUUCAAUCAGAUCUAGGCAUUCAUAAGCAAUUCAAUUGCAAAACGUUGCAUCACGGUCGCCAUAUAUCCAGAGCUGGGUGGGAGGAAGAUCUGAGCAUAGGCUUUCAUCUGCACACAUUAGCAAGGAGUCAGCUUCUAGGGCAAAUCAAGGCUGACUGUGAGUUUCUGGAAGAGGAAGGUAUUAUAGAUUAUGGUCUCUUAAUCGGAAUGCAUGUGUGCCCCACACCCUUCGAUGCUGUUGUCAAAGGAUCAAAUGAUGUCAAGAAGAAGCCCUCAGAUGGUGAGAGUUCCAACGAAAGUAAUUCAGAUCAAGAUUUAACGUGUGAUGGUGAUUCGCAGCCAUCCUCUCAGAUAGAGCCUGAUGAUAAACUUGGUAAACUCGGUUUAAGGAUGCCGGCUCGUGCAGUGGACAUUCGGAGAUUGGACGGCGGCGGAGGAUUGUACCGAAGAUCACAUAAGGAAGAAAAGAACAAUGUUAUCCUCUUUAUGGGGAUUGCCGAUAUCCUUCAAGGAUACGGCGUGCUCAAGCGUGUGGAGCAUGUAUUCAAAUCUCUGCAGUAUGAUACACCAUCGAUCUCAGGAUCAAAUCCCAAGGCUUAUUCGAUCCGUUUUCAGGAGCUUCUUUGCACUUUAUUUCCAGAAAACCUCUGAUGCCGGCAAAAUCUAGUAAUUAUGUAUACUUUCCUGAAUGUCAGGAACUCUAUCUAGUAAUGGUGAGUGUGUAUAGAUAAACUCUAUUCAAAGUAAAAUUGUAGCAAUACCUAUGGAAUUUCUUAAUAUAAUUUGUCCACAUAUGAACACUUAAAA